CUGGCGCUUCAUCAGCAGGCUGUCUGGGGUGGUAGAGUCUGUCGAAAGCUGCAGUCGAGCAUCAUAAUUGCAUUGCUCCAGGCUCGCUUAAUAACUAUUCAGUUGAACCAAACAGUUAAAAAAAAUAAAUAAAUAACGUCUCAAAAAAGCGUGCAAGCAACGGCCUGUUUCGAUUAAAAUCACGCAUUUCCAGCAAACAUGACGGCAAACGGGACCAGCGACCUGGUGCAGAUCCAGUUCGGCCUCAUCAACUGCGGUAACAAAUACCUGACUGCCGAAACGUUCGGCUUUAAAAUCAAUGCCUCUGCCACCAGCAUGAAAAAGAAGCAGAUCUGGACACUGGAGCAAGACGGAGAAGAUUCCAAUGUGGUCUUCCUGAAAAGCCACCUGGGCCGCUACCUGGCCACUGACAAAGACGGCAACGUAACCGGGGACAGUGAGAGCCCGGGAGUCGACAGUCGGUUCAUUAUCAUCGCUCAUGAUGAUGGCCGCUGGUCCCUGCAGUCCGAGCCAUACAAGCGCUACUUUGGCGGGACCGAGGACCGAAUAACCUGCUUCGCCCAGACCAUCUCGGUUGCCGAGAAAUGGAGUGUCCAUAUAGCCAUGCACCCCCAGGUCAACAUCUACAGCCUCACCCGCAAGAGGUACGCCCACCUGAGCAGCAAGCAGGAGGAAAUCGCUAUUGACAGGGAUGUGCCCUGGGGGGUGGACUCCUUGAUAACACUGGUGUUUCAGGACCAGAGAUACAGCAUCCAGACUUCUGACAACCGCUUCCUCAAGAAUGACGGCACGCUGGCUGUGAAGCCAGACAAGACCACCGGCUACACGCUUGAAUUCCGCUCAGGGAAGGUGGCGUUUCGGGACUGCGAUGGGAAGUACCUGGCACCCUCUGGACCCAGUGGCACCAUGAAGUCGGGCAAGAACACCAAGGUUGGAAAAGACGAGCUGUUUGUCAUGGAGCAGAGUUACGCGCAAGUGGUCCUCACCGCAGCCAACGAGAGGAACGUGUCCACCAGACAAGGAAUGGAUCUUUCUGCCAACCAAGAUGAGGAAGGUGACCAGGAGACCUUUCAGUUGGAGAUCAGCAAGGAAACCAAGAAGUGUGCUUUCCGGACCUGCACUGGGAAGUACUGGACCCUGACUGCCAAUGGAGGAGUGCAGUGCACUGCAUCCACCAAGAAUGCAAACUGCUACUUUGAUAUAGAGUGGCGAGGAAAGAAAAUCACAUUAAAGGCUGCCAAUGGAAAAUAUGUGGCAGCAAAGAAGAAUGGGCAGCUCGCGGCUACCAUCGAUACUGCAGGGGAGAACGAAGAGUUUUUAAUGAAGCUUAUUAACAGGCCGAUAAUUGUCCUGCGUGGAGAACAUGGCUUCAUUGGCUGUCGUAAGGUCACAGGGACUCUUGACUCGAACCGCUCCUCCUAUGAUGUGUUCCAGCUGGAUUUCCAUGGUGGCGCCUACAGCUUUAAAGAUUCAACUGGAAAGUACUGGAUGAUAGGAAAUGAGUCGAGCGUGACCAGCAGCAGUGACACUCCAGUAGAGUUCUUCCUGGAGUUUUGCGACUUUGACAAAGUAGCAAUCAAGGCCAAUGGCAAAUAUUUAAAGGGAGACCAUGCGGGUGUGCUCAAAGCUUCGGCUGACUCCAUCGACAGCUCCACUCUCUGGGAAUUCUAGAAGCACUUUAGCAAAACCACUGUGGCUUUGCUUCCAGGUUUUGUUUUUGAUUUUUUUUUCUUUUUUGGUGCACACAGGAUUUCACAAAGAAAUAUUUGCAGACCUGCCAUGGAUCAUGAUUUAAACCAAAAUUUCCCAAAAAUUGUUUAAAUGAGAGCAGAGUAUCAGUUGCAAGGCCUGAUGGGAUAGUAGAUUUGCUUUCUUUUUGUGGCCUGCUGCGUUUCUCCAUCAUUGCAGAUGUUCCCUGCUGGGUUUUCAAAUUUAGGAGCAACUUGAAUGCUGGUUCAUCAGCUCGGGGAGCUGCCAUUUAUGGACCCCACCGCUUGGGGUUGUGCCCACUACCCACCCACUAUGUCUGACAGGUUUUGUAUUAACUCUGAUAGAUCCUCUGCUGUCUCGUCUCAUAAUAAAAUUCCUUCUUAAAGGGGCCUAUUGGCAUAAACCUUAAUUAUAUUUUUAUAAGGAGUUGGGGGAGAUUUUUGUUAUGUUUUAUUAAUAUUGUAAUCUGUUUUGCCUGGGCCAUGAGAUUUAUACCCUCCAUCAGUCUGUUUUCUAGCAGCCUCCGCUUAGCAAGACUAUCACUUUUUAAUGUUUUGGUGAGGGUCCAUAUGGGCCAUCCUGGGGUUUGACCAAAAUCCUUCUUGCCAAAGUUCCCCACCCUUUUCAGGAAGCAUUAACAAUGUCGGCUGAAAUACCUCGUCAUGCUACUAUUAGGCAUCUUUAUUUCCUCCGAUCCCUCGUCUGGAGCUGGUAAGCUUGGUCAAAUUUGGUCUUACUGGUGGCUUCAGUUUUACAUAGGAAGCCCCCACCCAGAGUGUGAGAACUUGCUGAUAUAAGAUAGCAAUGGGAGAAAAGAGGUGCCAUGCCACAAGCAAACAGAUUCUGAUAAAUGUGCCAGGUGUUUGGCCAAGCAAAGCAAACCACAUGCCAAUUUGUGAAUGGACGUUGUGCUGUAUCCUUGUCAGCCAGACUGAACUUGAGCAGUCUGUUGUGACAUCCAUGGCAGGGCUGCUGUCCGUCUCUGCUUUUCCUUUUUUCUUUUUUAAAUCUUAAAUCCUAAAUGUACCUUCCUGUGAUGUCCUCCAUCUCUUUAUUGCAAUGUAUUCAAAUGCAGAUCUGUUAGCCAAAUGCUCUUGGAAAAACCAAACCAGUGCCACAGAUUUCCCUCAAACCCUUAGACCUCAUCUGAGUACCUAAGGUCUGCUUUGUUUUAUGCACCUUAUUGGAGAAAAAAUGGAUUCAAAAACUGGAACCUCUGUUGGUUUUGGAAUGCAGUAUGAUGGUGUUUGGAUCAUUUGGAAAAUUUAAAACUGCUAGGCCUCGUGGGUGGGUGGGUGGGUAGAAUGGGGAAGCAUUGACUGAUCUGGAGACUUGUACUUGCACCAUUAACUUUUUGUGGAAAUGGGGGGGGGUUACCCCUUUGAAACAUUGACCAUGAUAGAAACUGCUAAACUGGACCCAGUCACUAGCCUUGUAAAUUAUGUAAUUUUAUAACCAUUGGACAAAUGGAUCCAGUGACUCUUAAAGGGGCCAUUAAACUGGAACCCAAAACUCUUUGGAACAUGCUGGACUUGCUGACUGUCCUGUUAAACUGGAAUUAAUGAUCCUUUAAGUUUGAGUGGAGUAAUAGGCAUUUCUAGGGACCAUGAGCUAAGCCCGACUGGACAUUUUGACUAUUCCAAGGCCUGUAGGAAAAAAUUUGGCUUUUUUUUUUUUUUUUUUUUUUUGUU